CGCCGGAGCGCCGCCUCUGCCGCCUGAGGGAGGUGGCGAGCAGCAUGGAGAGUGCGGUGUCAGAUGUGGGGGUCUGCAACCUGGCCUAUGCUGGACGCCUGGAGGAGCUGCGGGGCCAGCUCCUGCGCGACAGGGCCCUGGCCACCAAGGCCGACCAGGACAACCGGACCGCGCUGCACUGGGCCUGCUCGGCUGGACACGCCGAAGUCGCCGACCUCCUUCUCAGCCUUGGCGUGCCUGUGGGUGACAAGGACGAUGCUGGCUGGACUCCAUUACACAUUGCAGCAUCGGCAGGCCGAGAUGAAAUUGUGAAAGCCCUCAUUGCCAAGGGUGCUCAUGUAAAUGCUGUCAAUCAAAAUGGCUGCACCCCCCUGCAUUAUGCAGCCUCCAAAAAUAAGCAGGAGAUUGCAAUCAUGCUUUUAGAGAACGGAGCUGAUCCAGAUGCAACAGAUCAUUUUGAAUCCACCCCAUUACACAGAGCAGCAGCCAAAGGAAACCUGAAAAUGGUACAGAUCCUUCUGCAGCACAAAGCAUCUGUUAAUAUACAGGACUCUGAAGGGAAUACUCCUCUUCAUUUAGCCUGCGAUGAAGAGAGAGUGGAGGAGGCAAAGCUGCUGGUGUCUCAUGGUGCAAGUAUUGACAUUGAGAAUAAAGAGGAACUGACCCCACUGAAAGUGGCAAAGGGUGGCCUGGGAGCUGUACUUAAGAGGAUGGUGGAAGGCUAGUGGGGAUUGCUGGUUUGACAUUUCUCUUCUGGUGCACUUGUGUUUAGACUGCAGACUUCAUGUUUUGAUCCCAGUUCAGCUGGGAUUUCAGGUAUGGGCAUCGGCAUGGUAAUGGAAUGUGUGUCUCUAGCUUUCCUUCACAUACAGUGCCAAAACAGCAGCUUGUACCUCCUGUUAAUUAAACAGGUCUCUGAUUUUAAAGUCUUUUUCAAUAUCUAGCAUUUUUUUUUUCAGUUUACAGUAUGAUCUGUAUAAGUGCAGUCAUUCCUUCUGCUUUGGGAUCUAGUUUAGGGUUUUUUCUUUCAAGCAACAGGACCAAAAAUGCAUUAACCAUUUAAAGUCAGAUUUAUUUUGGAAGCUUAUUCCAAAGUCUUUGUUCUUCUCCUUGGCUUUUGAUUGUGUGUGGGUUUUUUUGUUUGACAUUUGUGGGUACUGAUUCUUUUCCUUCAGGUGAUUCUAAUCAACACCUUUCUCUUGUAGAGUGCAGUCUGGUUACAUGGAUAAUUGUAUCCAUUUUUACUCUUCUUCAUCUAAGUGAGCUCUCAGCAUUCAAAGCCUUAUUGUUGUUAUCAUGUUUCUUUGAAUCAAUAAAUGGGUGUAUUUGAAGUGCACUGGACUGCUUGUGGAAUGCAGGGGUGAUGCCAGGGUUACCUCUGAAAAUACACUGUUAUGUAAUGGAUGUAAUUGUCUGGGAUGUACUUCAAAUCUAAUCUUAUUUCCUCUUGCUCCUUCUAUGGAUUUCUGUUCUGUUUGACUCCCAUUGUGUAGCACUGAUGCUCACAGUUUACCAUCUUUCUUUAUAACAGAAGCCUAGUUUAACCUCUGUUUCCUCAUAGCAAAUCUUGGUGUUGUUAGAAGGCAUAUCUAAUUAGAUCGAGUCUGAAAACUGACUACUUGUUCCGAUGUUGGUAAGGUCGCCUUUGACAUUAGUGGGGUAGAUCUUCCACUUCUGAACAGACAAUGCUGGUGAAAUUUUGUGAAAUAAAGAACAUUCCUAAACAGCA